AUGGCUCCGUCUCAGAUAGCAGAGCCGAUGGAGCAUGGUCUUGUUGGUCCUCACCCGUCUUAUAUCGAAAUUGCAAAGCCAUACAUCUUCGAACCCAAAAUUCAUGAAUGUCUUACCGUUGCUGGAGUAUCAGAAGCGAAGGAUGACAGUAUUCGACUUCAGGGAGUGGCUUGGAUCGACAGUGUGAGAAAAGCUAUGCAUCUUCCCGUACGAACUUACAACACUGCAGCGGUGUACUAUCACAAGUUCCGUCUAGUACAUCCUGAUAGCAAUGGUUACAUUGAUGCGGCUGCAGCAGCACUUUUCGCGGCGUGUAAGAUCGAGGACACACUGAAAAAGUCAAAGGAAAUUCUCUGUGCUGCGUACAAUCUGAAACUUACACCGGGAGAGCAGCUUACUCCAGAUGACCAACUGUUCGAGAAUCACUCAAAGACAAUCAUUGGUCUGGAACGUCUCAUGCUCGAAGCAUCAGGCUUCGACUUCAGAAAUCGUUAUCCUCAAAAUUUGGUUCUGAAGAUGGCAAAGCAUUAUCAUGUAGACCGAGAUACGGUAGGCAAAACUGCUUAUAACAUAUCUCUGGACCUCUAUCGCACCUUCGCUCCCAUCAAGCAGACCACGGCCACCAUGGCAAUUGCAUGUGUGGAACUAUCGGGGCGCAUCUGCGAACAGCCGGUUUCGGAAUUAGAAGCAGGCAAGGGUUAUACAAAAUGGAGAAUCUCUCGCCCCGAGGUCAUGGAGACGCUGCUUGACCUCCUGGACUUGUAUACUCACCAUCGAGCAUCUACCAUUGUCGGCCAAGAUCACGCCCUCGAGACUUUCAUUAGCAUCCGAAUUGCCCUAAAUCAGGAAGCAUCGGCCAACAAGUACCCACGCCAUUUCCAAAGUCACAAGAAGAGGUCCAUCACCAAUGGCGCCAAAGCGGCAAAUGGCAUCAUGGACUCGAAAGCUAAGAAACCCGUUACUCCAACCACGAGUCCUCGCGAUGAAUCCUUGAGAGACAUUACCUCUCCAACGGCUAAUGGCGGCUCGAAGCCUGGGCUGAAGGAGGGCACGGUGCGCUUCAUGCUCAACCCGCAGCGCGCAAGAGACGAGAAGAAUGCUGUGGCCGAGUUCUUCAAGGUAGAAGAAGAAGAGUACGAGGUCGAGGUCGAGGUUGAGAGGGAAAGACGUAGAGUACUUCCAGAGACGAAACGCAUUCGUUCAUUCAAAGCCGAAACGGAGGCCACCAUUGCAACAUCUUCCAGAGGAGAUCCCGUAGAAUGGUGCGGCAAUGCACCGGACAAGCCGCAUGAGGGUCAGCGAAAAGGCAAUGGCCGGCUGGAACACCAAGUCCUGGUCCAACGAGGUCCUCCAAUUGUUCAGGACGAGGUCCCGGGACGAGCUUCAAAGCGAAAGAAGAGACGUCGAGGCCGUUAG